AUGACGCUCAAUUUCAUUCCAGGGGAACCCAAUGCCACCGUACAGGCCACUGCCCAGGCGAAAUGGAAGACACAUUCGCUUCUCGCAUACUGCUCGGGCAACAACUUGAUAGUACUUUCCAGUGAUUUGUGCAACCUCCAGACGAUCUACCUCCCGGGCGAUGCGCGUGCGGUGGACAUACACGCACGCAGCGGUCGAAUUGCCGUCGCGGUCGGUGCGCAGGUUGCAGUGUUCCGCCCCGCACAGGAGUAUAUGGCACUGCCGCGCUGGAUCCCCGACAUCACCGUGGUUAACCCACGCGACAAUUCGUCUGUCAAUUGCCUCCACUGGGGGAAUACCGAUUUGGUAGUAGGCUCCGAUGCGUCGCUCGCGUUAUGGAGCUUUCGUGACGAAUUUGGUGUAACCCUACACAGCUUGUGCUGGUCGAUGGAACAGCCAAACCCCGUGUACAUGGUCAAACUCACGCCGCAGGCGACGCAGAUCGCGGUUAUUUCCAAGUACGACCGCUUGGUCAAGGUUUGGAAUCGCAAUUCGUUUGAUUCUGAGCUCACAUUCUUCGACCUCGUAUACUUGAAGCAUCCAGCGUGUGUCACCAGCCUCCGGUGGAGAUCUAACGGCUCCGGCACCGAAACGUUGUAUACGGUGGCUGUCGACGGGGUCUUGCGUGUAUGGGCGAGUUAUGAGGUUGACUGCUUUCAUAACGUCUCACAAUGGGGGUCCCUUGCAUUUGGAACUGGCUUUGUGUUGGUGCUCGACAAGCUGCUUCUUGGCUUUUCCGAUGUUGUUUUGGUGGUGAAGGACGGCCAAGUAAGAGUCUACCAUGUGAGCAACGUGGCUCUGGAUCCCCCAAAGCUUGUCACGUUUGACCAAGUUGCCGAGAGGCGAAUCAUGGCCGCCACGUUUCCCAAAUCGGCAAAGCUAGUGGUCUUUGCCGAGCCGCUUGUGAGGGAUAAUGGCGAUUUGUCCAUUGUAGUGCACGAUUUGGUAGGAGGGACAAUAAGGCAUAAUUCGUUGAAUCUUGCAAAAAUGCUUCUGGGAGCCUCGAACGGCUUUGUCGACCUUAAUCUCGAACACAUGUUCACGGGGCACACUAAGUCAGUCCAGCAGGUGCUUCGCACGUUCGACGGCUCGGCGAUGCUCUCUAUCUCGCGCUUCAACGAGAACUGCGUGUGGGUACCCUUGUCCCUCCAUUCGUCCGAAGGCUACACCGGAACAACACUUGCCAAAAAGUCGCUUGUUUUCACCGCCUCGCCCAUCCGCAAGGCCGUGAUCUUGGACGACGGAACCCGGCCGCAGGUUGUUGCUCUUUUGUGCGAUGGUAUCCAGCUUUGGGACGCGUGCGCAAAGAUUGCUCAACUCAGAGCAUCCCUACCGUUGGAUGCCGGUGAUCCCCUCUGCUUUUUGGACCUCCCGGAGGCAGACAAGGGCCUUGUGCAUGUGGUGGCCAUUUACGACGAACUGGUGCGCUCCUGGGAAGUCGACUUGAGGACGUACUCUAUUUCUGAGUUUCCCGUGGACCCGUUGCCGGAAAUUGAAACCAUCCACCGGCUUGCCAUCGUGGACCCUGUGGGUUGGAAGGUUGACUUGAACAAUGAAAACAAUCGUGAUGUGCUUUCGGUGAUUGACAGGAACGGAGUCUUCCGGAGCUUUUCCGCCAUGGUAGGGGAUUCAAUUUCGUGGAUUGAGACGUGCCGGUUAGAGACGGGAAUGGUGGAUGUCUCGGCGUUGAGGGGGUCGUCGGUAAAGAAGGUGGCGAUUGUGGAUGCUCAGGGGAGGAGUUUGACGAUUUGGGAUACACAGAGGAAGGUUUUAGAGUACGAGGAGAUGUUUGAGGAGAACGAUGUACGGGGAGAUAAAACUGAUAGCAUACUUUCAGUCGGUUUUGCUUCACACAUCCUCAUGUACUGCCAACUCCGCUACGAUUACACCAACAGCAUGCCAUCAUUCACUCCCAUUAAACGCAUUGAUAUCGACUACACCACCCACACAAUUGGCGACUCACUUUGGCUCAAGGACGGGACCCUCGUGGUCGCGGCGGGCAACCAGUUCUUCGUUUCGGACCGCCAGCUAGACCUCACACACGACCCUGUCACCGCAAAGUCCUUAAGCUCGCGCAUUAUCACGCACAACGACAUCUUCCACUUGUGUGCAGUGCUCAACGGCCCGCUCCCGGUGUACCACCCUCAGUUUCUCAUCCAAUGCUUGUUCCUCAACCAGAGCGAGCUCGUGAAGACGGUGUUGCUCCGGUUGUACAAGUUUCUCCGGAAGCUCGACCUCGACCCAAACGCGUCGCUCAACGAUAUUCAAUCGACCCUUGGCCUCAACCUUGAGAAGUCGCUCGACCUACAGGGCUCGCUUUCGCCCCACGGCAGCGGUGAGAAUAGUUUUACAGAUUUUAAUGACGCGUUUUCGCUGGCAUUAGUCCAGAAGUUAACCAGGGUCUCACUUCCAUACCUCACACGCCACCAACAGUCUACGUUGGUGUCGGUCGUGGAGAUUCUCCUCGAGAUCGAGAAGCAUAGCCGCUCGUUGGACGUGAACGGGCUUCGGUUUUUCAUCGGCUUGAAGUUGUACCAGUACCACCGCGCGACACAGGAGGCGGUUUCGAUCCGCGACAUUAACUGGGCGUUGCACAGCGAGAAUAAGGAGGCGUUGCUCCAGCUUACCCGCAGUGUGGCGGGGCCCGAGGGCUGGGCGUCCGCGAAGGCGACGGGUCUCGCGUACUGGUUGCCGCGCGACAGCCUUGCACAGCACUUUGAAGCGGUCGCGCGCGCGGAGUUUACACGCGCGCGCAGCCCCGCCGGCUGCGGAAUCUUCUACCUCUCAUUGAAGCGGAAGCAGAUCUGGCUCGGCUUGUGGAAGACAUGUGUGGGGCACCCGGAGCAGCUGAAGAUGAUGCUGUUCCUCAAGAACGAUUUCAGGAUCGAGCGCUGGCGGACCGCUGCAUUGAAGAACGCGUUUGUGCUCUUGGGGAAGCAUCGCUACGUCGACUCGGCCUGCUUCUUUCUCCUCGCCGACAGCAUCAAGGAUGCCUGUUCGGUUAUUGCGCGCAAGAUGGACGACAUUGCGCUUGCGAUUGCAGUCGCACGCGUCUACGAUGGCGACAGCGGCCCUGCGUUGCGCGCACUCCUUGAAACCGAGGUAUUGCCAGAGGCGGUGGUGCUAGGCGACCGUUGGACCACUAGCUGGGUGUUCUGGAUCCUUGGCGACAAGCGCAAGGCCAUCCAGCUGUUGCUCCGCGUGCCUGCAGACAUGGUUGCGGACUUGACGGCCGUGCAGUGCGCGCGUGUGGAACGUGGCAGCCAAAACUUCCUCCAGCACGACCCGCUCUUGCUCAUUCUCUUUGCAAACUUGCGCCACAAGGACGUGCACUAUUUGCACGGCUCAGCGGAGGUAUCCCCGGCGGAGGAGUUUGACGCGAUUGUAAACGUGGCGCAGAUAUAUGAGCGGAUGGGCUGCGAGUAUCUCGCUCUCGCAGUGUUGAAGAACUGGAGCUUUGUU